CGCCUCGCACCAUGCGAGCUCCAGCCUCGACCUACGCUGCACUGUGGCUCGCUGCCAUCACCGCGCUGCUCUCGUGCGCGGCCGCACAGCGCUCUGCGCCCGACGCGGGCGUCAUCGCCUCGGCCGUCCUCCCGCCCUUCCUUGCCGCCGACAUCCCGCCCGUGGACCCCGAGUCGUGGGCCCUCUUGCUCGAGCGUGCUCGCAAGGCGGCACAGAGCGAGCUGCACGCCCAGGAGAGGCCCGAGGGCGUCCAGGUCGUCCGCGAGACCUUCUUCGUCCCGGCGACCAAGGUGGGGGAGGAACGCAGGAGGGACGCUGGGGCUGCAGAGCCGGCGGGCGCGGGUACGGCCAACAAGGUGCAGGAGCAGGUGGAACCGGCCGACAUCCUCAAGACGGUCGGCAAGCUCCGCGCUCUUCGCCCACUGUACACUUACGCCAUCCACCACCCCUUGCGCUUCCUCUACACCUACGCCCUCGUCCCGCUCGCCACCCUCCUCUACUCGCUCCUCGUCGCCCUCGCCUCGAUCCUCCUAACCCUCCUCGCGGCCCUCCUGUCGCCACUCGCCUUCCUCUUUUCGACCCUCGUCCUCUCCCCCAUGUCUCUCGCCACAUCCAUCAUGACGGCCCUCGCCCCGCUGUGGUACGCCCUCGCCGGCGCGCUCGCAUGCGGCACAGCGUGCGGCGUCCUCGCAGGGCUCGUCGCCGGGCGCUCGACGCGCGCCGCUCUCGACGAGACGCUCGGCGUCGCGACGAGGGCCGGCAGAUGGCUCGGCGUCCUGCCCAAGGCGGCGGGCGAGGCGCGCCGCAGCGGCAAGGGCGGGUUCGGCGACGGCGCCAGGUUCGAGCGCUUUGCGCCUCGAGCGGCCUUGGGCGGGCGCAGCAGUGGGGUGUCGAGCCUCGGGACCUCGUCGUCGGCGUCGACGGGGGCAGCAAAUGCCGGAGGAGCGAGCGCGAGGAGCCGGGGCAAGCGUCGUGCGCUCGACCGCGGCGCGCGUGGAGGACCGAGCGCGUCCUCGUCGAGCGGUGGCGGCAGGGAGGAACUCGAGGGCCCGUCGACCGGCGAGGAGUGGGACGAGGAGGACGAGGCGCUCGGGCCGCAGACCGUCACGCGGCCGACCGGCAACGACGGGUGGAGAGCGCGCAGGGUCCCGUACUAGCCUCUCGUGUAACCGCUUUUCUGUUCGCGUC